AUGUAUGCAGGCGGGCGGCCGGGGCGGCGCCCACACGGACCAGGAGGGUCGCGGCUCCCGGUGGGGCGGCGGGGAGGCUGCGCUGCUGCUGCUGCUGCUGCUGCUGCUGCUGGGGCUCAGCCCCGUCUGAAGGACCCGAGGGGGCCGGUGAGCCUGGAGGGCCAAAGGAAGACCCGGCUGGGGGGAGGGGCGGCCCCGGCUGGCCUGGGGCUCCUCCUGGAUGGCAGCCCCGCCCGGGAGCUGCGGCCUACGAGGAUUCGGUCCGGGGUCCGAGCCAUCCACCACCGGCACCGCCGCCAGGGCCACCGUCACGGGCCCCUUUACCGAUCCCGCCUCCUCUGGGCCCCGAGGGAGGGAGGCCGAGUGCGGGGAGGAGAAGGCCCGCUGCUAGAGGGGGGGCACCGGGAGAAGGAGCAGCCCGGAGCCUGGGCCAAGGGACAGUCCGGGGAGGCUCUCCCCGCCCCGCCAUCGUCUGGGCCCCCCAAAAAGACCGGCCCCAGCCUCGUGCCGCGCCUCCCGCCAUUGCUGGCCUUGCGCAGUCCCUUGUGUCGCCUCUACCAAGAGGUGGAGACGUUCCGGUACCGGGCCAUCUCGGACACGUGGCUGACCGUGAACCGCAUGGAGCAGUACCGGACGGAGUACCGAGGCGCCCUGCUCUGGAUGAAGGACGUGUCUCAGGAGCUCGACCCCGACCUGCUCAAGCAGAUGGAGAAGUUCCGCAAGGUCCAAGCCCAAGUGCGCCAUGCCAAACUCAACUUCGACCAGCUCAAGAAUGACGUGUGUCAAAAAGUGGAUCUCCUCGGGGCGAGCAGAUGUAACCUCCUGUCUCACGUGCUCACGACAUACCAGACCACCUUGCUUCAUUUCUGGGAAAAAACCUCACACACAAUGGCGGCCAUCCAUGAGAGUUUCAAAGGGUACCAGCCCUAUGAGUUCACCAUGUUGAAGAGCUUGCAGGACCCUGUAAACAAAAUAAUAGAAAAGGCUGAAAAGGAACGAGCCCAGAAGGAAAGCCCAGAGAGGAAGCCAGAGCAGCUGAUAUCAUUAGAAGUGGAAAACCCUGACAAGAAAUCCACUUACUUAACUGAGGAUGGAAAGAACGUCUUCUCAGCCCUCGGAGCAGAGUGCAGCCAUGCUCAGUGCUCAGGAGCCAUCAGUGAACUGCUGGACCUGGGACCGGUAGAGGCAGCUGACUGGACAGGCCUGUUCCCCGGAUCUCGCCAGGUCGCCCCAACCAGACUCUCAGAUAUGGAGUUGUUGGCCCAGGCUCGAGGACCCCAAACUGCCGCCCGGCUCCCUCCCUCUCUGUGUCUCCCAUCUUUCUCUCCAUCUCCCUCCGCCUUCCUGGCCGGCAGCCUCACGGGGGCGCUCCGCUCGGAAGCCUGGGCCGGGGCUUCGAGCCGCACCAAGUUGGGGGUUAGAAAUCGGCGCGCCGAUCUCUCUAGGUCAGAAGGCUGGAGAGGGGCCCCGGGCAGCCCCCCGGCCGUCUUGAAGCCCGCGGAGGCCCCGAAGCCCGCCGGUCAGAGCAGCGUCACCCAGCUGGGGAAAGAGCCCGAGAAGGUGGCCCGAGACCUGACGGCCUGGUUCAGCCUCUUCGCUGACCUCGACCCGCUGUCCAACCCGGACGCCAUCGGGAAGACGGACAAGGAGCAGGAGCUGCUGAACGCCUGAGCGCGGCCGGGCCCGCGGCGGGGACAAUAAAGGAGGGGGAGGAGCCCCGUUUAUAUUGCUA